AUGUCGAGCGAAGGAAUUGAGAUGGGCAACUUGCCUGUCAAGUCUGUCCAGGUGAGUGUGUCACACACUCAAUCUGGCUCUGAGGGGGUUUAUGGUGGUGUUUCGACGUCGAGGUCAAGUAGGAAACAGUUGGAGAGAAGUUUUGGUUCACUUUCAAUUCUCUCACUGUCAUUAACCAUCCUCUCGUCAUGGGAAUCUAUUGCAAACAGCUUUGAGUCUGGACUCAUCAAUGGCGGACCAGCCGGCCUGGUCUGGGGUAUGGUGCUGUCAACAGUCGGUACAAUGGCCAUGGUUCUAUCAGCUGCUGAGAUGGUAUCUAUAUGCCCGCUAGCAGGAGCACAAUAUCACUGGACAGCAGUGCUCGCACCUCCACGAAUUCGCCCAUUCACUACCUGGAUGCAGGGGUGGAUCACUCUCUUCGGAUGGCAAGCCGCUUUGGCUAGUAUCUGCUACUUAAUGGCGACGCAGAUCCAGGGAAUGGUGAUGCUGAACAGCCCAGAAUAUCAUGCUCAGCAGUGGCAUGGAACGCUCAUCAUGUGGGCGAUUGUCGCUUUCGUGGGUUUCAUCAAUAUAUACGGGAUCAGGAUCUUGCCCGCUCUGCAGAUGUUGGGAGGAAUCAUGCAUAUCAUAUUCUUCAUUGCGAUUAUCAUUCCAUUGGUGCUUCUAUCACGUCGUAGUACCUCUGAGUUUGUUUUUACUCAGUUGAUGACGACUGAAGAAGGGUGGCAGUCAAAGGGCGUGGCUUGGUGUCUUGGCAUGUUGACAGUGACAUAUUGUUUCAUCGGUUUUGACGGUGCCAUCCACAUGAGUGAAGAGGUUCGAAAUCCGGCUACCGUCAUCCCCCGCAUCUUGGUUCAAUCAAUCGCCAUAAACGGGUUCAUGGCUUUUGUCUUUCUCCUCGUCAUCCUCUUUUGCAUUGGCAGUGUUGAAGAAGCUUUGAACCCCCCGUAUAUUUUUCCAAUGAUUGGAAUCUUCGAACAGACCACCAAAUCUGCUGGAGCAGCUACGGCUAUGCAGACGGCUAUCACGCUCAUAGGCAUGGUGUCUAAUACGGGCGUGCUCGCAUCUGUAUCACGACUCACAUGGGCCUUUGCUCGCGAUGGAGGCUUACCAUUCUCCAGCUUCUUCGCUCAUGUUGACCGCCAGCAACGUGUACCGAAACGAGCCAUCUACCUUGCUUGCGGGGCAGUUAUCAUUCUUUCAGUCAUCAACGCCGCCUCUGAGACUGCUCUGAGCGCCAUUCUCGCUCUUUCCACCAGUUCACUUUACGUUUCCUAUCUCAUUCCGAUCGUCUUGAUGAUCAUCCGUCGUGUGGAUACCAGUCGGGGACCCAUACCAUUCGGACCCUGGACCCUGGGCCGCUACGGCAUGGCGAUCAAUAUCUUUGCGCUAGUAUUUGGCGUCUUUGUCAGCAUUUUUGUUCCAUUCCCGACUCAAAUUCCAGUCACGGCUGCGAAUAUGAACUGGUCUGGUCCCGUGUUUGUCGGUGUCGUCAUAUUGUUGGUUAUAGAUUGGACAUUCCGGGCCAGAAAGAAGUAUACUGGGCCUAUGAAGGAUCUUUUACAGUCAGAAGGCAAGACUAAUACUGCUUAG